AUGUGCUCUACCUACCCUCAAACCUUCCAACAAAAUUUUUCCUGUCUCUCAACUGGUUUGAGAAGACAUGAAGGUGUAUUCUCAUCAACUUCAAACAUUGUUGAAUUGGCUGGCUGCUAUGGAAACUCCCUGGCUCUGAAUCUUUGUGGUUCCACCUAUCCAAAAUCAACUAAUGUUUCAACCCCCACUUUAAAUAAUGCUACUCCAACUUUGGUCUCUUCUUCAACCUCAUACUUGUCAAGAAAUGUCUUGUCUCCUUUUGCACCUAAGCUGGCUUGGACCAAACCUAGAGCUGACUAUCAAUGUAGACUUUCGCUUGUUCAAUAUCCUUCUUCCGUGUUUUCCGGAAUGCCAUAUUACAAGUUUGAAGUUUCAUUCUUUAUGAACUACAUUGAUGCUCCUCCUCAACUGCCUAACAAUUGUAAGAACAAUAAAAUUGACUCAGGAAAUUCGCUGGACGAAGUUGCUGAAAUUUUCGAUGUGGUCAAUGAAGAGUCUUCUGAGGAUGAGCAAGCUGGCUUGGUCGGGGUGGUUAAGAAGACACAAUGUGAUAUUUCUGUCAAUUGUGAAUAUGAUCAAUUGUGCCAUGUGGAUUAUUCGGAUGAAUUCUUCGAACAAUUCAACUCGCCAACCAUUGAACUUUCCACAAUUCCAAUUUGUGAUGAAAGUUCUGAGUGUGAACAAGAGAUUUCUAAACCUUGGUACUAUGACUUUGAUGAACUAGUUGACAUAGUUAACUUUCUUGGUCUGGUUGACCGGGUAGAUUUCUUUGGUCUUGGUCGAACCUCAAUGGCACCUGCUGAACCUGUUGAGAUUCAAGCUUUAGUGUCUGACGUUGAUUCUACAUUGGAGCCUGGCCUUGAAGAAAUUGAAGAUGACAAAUACUUGACUUUCGAAGAACUACUUGACAUUGUUCACUUUCUUGGCCUUGCUCCCAAAUCAACCCCAGUCCGCAAACUCACCUGGGCUGAACAUCUUAGUAUUCAAAAGGUUGUACCAAAGAAGGAGGCACCAAAGAAGGAGGCAUUAAAGAACAAGACUACCAUUCUUAGGAAAGCUGUUCCAACGAUUGUUUCAGUUGAAGUUCAAGUCGAAGCUCCACCCAUCGUCGAAUCUAAGGAUUCUGACUAUUACUUCGACCUACCCUUCUCCCUUGAAGACCUUGAUGAUCUUGAAGACAAAUGCUUAUCUUUUGAUGAGUUAGUUGAUAUUGUUCAAUUUCUUGGUUUUGCUCCUAAGUCAACUUCAGUCCAGAAAAUUAACGGGGCUGAACAUCUUAGUCAAAGGGUUGAAACUCAUGUCAUCAACUCAAGUGACCCCUGGUAUUAUGACUUUGAUGAGUUGGUUGAGAUUGUCAACUUUCUCGGAUUAGUUGACCAACUGGAUUCUUUUUGUACUCGAGUUACUUGCGCACCAGCUUCUGUGGAAUGUCACAAACCUUGGUACUCUGACUUUGAUGAGUUAGUGGACAUUGUCCAUCUACUUGGCUUUGGACCUACUCAAUCAGACCCCACUGAGAUCACUACACCUUGGUACUCCGACUUUGAUGAGCUUGUCCGCAUAGUCCAUCUACUUGGCUUUGGACCUGUUCAAUCGGAGUCUUCUGAGAUCUCGACCCCUUGGUACUCUGACUUUGAUGAGUUAGUGGACAUUGUCCAUCUACUUGGCUUUGGACCUGUUCAAUCGGAGUCUGCUGAGAUCACAACACCUUGGUACUCUGACUUUGAUGAGCUUGUCAGCAUAGUCCAUCUACUUGGAAUGGGUCCUCAAUUGCCUUCAGUACCCAAAAAAACUUGGGCUGAACAUCUUAGUGUUAGAAAGGUUCCAACUGUGAAGGUGAUUACUUCUAAGAAGUCUACUGUUCUUAGAAAAUCUCUUCCCAAGAAAGUUCCUGAUAUUCUCCCUGCAGAAACAAUUGUUUCUACUAAGGGGAUACCCUACAAGAGUCCUCCAGCUAAGAUUUCUAAUAAAUCAAAUGCUAAGAAGAAUCUCUUUGAGAAUAAGUCUUUCAAUAAAUCUAUUCUUGAGGAUUCUGUUUGCAAGAAACCUCAUGUAAACCGGGCCCCCGAGGAGACAAUGAUUCAAAUGAAGACGGGACAAACUUUGAAACAAAUCACUUGGGCCAAUCAUUUGGCUACCAAGAGGGUUUCAAAAGUCAAGUAUAGGCGACUCAAGUGA